CGACAGCCGAGUGGUUAGAUACCUACCUAUGUAGCUCUCAGAGUCCAUUCGGGAAUAAGUUUUAAUACUGCCUAGUUAACUACCACUAAACUCCUAGUUGUAAUCAACAAUCACUUCGCUUUGGGAUACGUCCGCUGACUGGAGCGUAAGAUGCUUCUCCAGGCUAAAACUCUUAGUUCGUACCUAGGCAUCAAGAUAAUGCUCUCAUAAAAUAUAUGCCUUUCGAACCUGAUCUCAAAUCAUAGAUCAAAAACCCAUCUGCCAAAAUCUGUAGUUAUAGCACGUUCAAAAUGGCAGCGCUCUCUCCGCUUGACAAACUUAUGCCCCGAGGCUACAUCCGCCAAAUGUUUUGCUUCCCCUCGACACAUGCCGACACUAUUAAUACACUCAGGGCGGGCUUGAAGGGAGUUGUAAAUGAUGUCCCCUACCUUCUUUCCGGGAUCCUCACCAGCGAAGAUCAAAAACAUAUUUCCCUCAGCACUCCUUAUCAAACACUAGAGAACCUCUGCUAUGAACAAGAUCUUUCGGAUACUGUUGAUUACGCCGCUAUCAAGGCACAAAACUUCCCGCCCUCGGCAUUUACCGCGCCAGGGAUCAUACCUCCUGACACGCAGCCCCCGUUUCCGAACCCGGCGCCGGUAUUCCGGGCGAGCGUGUCACUUGUUAAGGGUGGAUUCAUACUGUGCGUCGCCGUUCAUCAUUGCACGACCGACAUCACGGGAUUCGGGACCUUGCUUAAGAUAUGGGCCUCUCACUGCCGCACAGGCGCGUCUGCGGUGGCUGGGUUCGAUCCGUCUUGGCUAGACCGCGCGGCCUUGAUUGAGAGACAUAGUACCCCCGACGUGACAGCACCUACUUCUAUACCUAGGCUACUCCAUGUCAGGGGACCUGACGACUAUGCUAGGCUUGCUGGUCCAGCAUCAUCACCUAAUGAUCUUAGGACCGGCAUAUUCUUCUUCCCACGGACGAAGCUGCAGGCGCUGAAGCAUACCGUGAACGAGCAUAUCGCUCCUCAGGGUAAUGCAGGCUGGGUUUCUUCAGGUGAUAUUCUCACGGCGCUGCUUUGGAGCGCCAUAUUAGACGCUGAACAGGAACCGCCCGCCGCUGAAUCGGACACAACGGCUAACCAAAGGGAUACCAAUACAAUAGGUUUCCCCGUGAAUUUUCGCUCUCGUUUUAGCCCACCCUUACCCUCAAACUACCUCGGCGCCGCCUUUGUGAUGACAGCCGCCACAGCUUUGCGGACGGACCUAAUAUCUUUUGCUACAGGGGUAGCCUCUUGUAGUGACUACACCCUAUUAGAUCCUACCUCAACCUCAAAACUAGCCGAGAUUGCUUUCACAAUUCGUGCUUCCCUUCGCAGUGUUGAUGAGCAAAGCGUGCGAGAUAUGCUUACAUAUUUAAAUACCGCGUCUAGUGACCAUCCUCCAAUCACGCUGGGACCGCGCCACGACGGCAUAUCAAUUGUCUCGUGGGCGGACCAAGGCGCGUAUGAGUUAGAUUGGGGCGAUGCAGUUGGGAGAUGUGACGCCGUCAGGUUGCCUAAGUUGGCAUCUAAGAGAUACCCUAUCGUUCUACCUAGAAUCCCAAGCAGCACCAACGGUGACGAGGAAGGUUUGGAGGUAAUUGUUAGCUUCGACAGGCAAGUGUUCUUCAAAUUUGAGCAGAGUUGGCCGAUUAAACAGUUCGCGACCACUCGGUGUCGCUCGUAAAGCAGGGUCUAGUGUUCAGUGUUCAUGUAUACACCGAGUUAACCUCAUAAUCUUAUAGAACCACAUGCUCAGAACUCAUAUUCACAAUAGAGCUUAUGGAGGUACCUGGGUAUCAUAGUGGGGUUUUAACCUACGUUUCGGAUACAUGUAAGUUGCGAGCAAUCG